UCGACCGUUGUGCGUCUCGCUCAGACGGUGAACGCGCGCCGGCAAUGCCACACGCGCCGCGCAAAUCAUGUCCACGCCGCUACCGAAAUGUGCUGGCGCCAGGUCUCAAAACUACAAAAGACUGUGCUCAUAGUGCUUUUCUACUUUACCGUGUACGUUCUAGUGUCGUAUUCCAUGUCCCCGGACACUAACUUCGCGUUUGUGAGCGACGAUUUGCGUGUGGGGGAUAAAUAUGCGUUGAUUUAUCUCGUUGCGCCUCGAAGUCCUGUUUUUACUGACGCGGAGGGAGCGAAUGUUUUCAAAAGCCGCCGCUGCGGUCAGUGUUUCAUUACCAACAACAGGGGGUUUUUGCCGAUGAGCGAGUAUGAUGCUAUACUUGUGCUCGGAGACCGCAGCUUGUUGUACGAAACUUCGGCUUUCAUGGAUCCGGGGAAGAGGUUUUUGAUAGAAACGAGUCGGCAAUGCAUUAAAGACAAGCUGAGAGGAUGCAACUGGGAACCUAGGAUCACCUCGUUCGGAGACAACAAGCCACACGACCUGUGCAGUCUCUGCGACCAUCUACAUAGAAAGCGCCUUAAACCAAACAGUUAGAAUCUCUUCAUGUGAUAAUAGGUAAACUAAUUAAUUUUAGGCUCAAACAGAUGCCUUGCUAGGGUAGUCAGGCUGCCGCCUGCCAAAAUAUUCAAGUUUUCUAAAAUAUACCUAGUUAUAUCUCAAAGACAAUGGUGCUUAGUUCUCAAAAUUGUACUGAAUCUGGGCAGAAAUCUCGUUUUUUUAGACCUGUUAAGCAAAAUGUGACCCCCCUUUGAUAUGCAACGAAAACAUAAUUCAUAAUUCGUUUAUUGUCUAUAGAACAUGGGAAUAUACAAUGAUGGAACAUAAUAAUAUAGAAUCACCAUGGUCUUACCUUUAGGCGUACAAACAGUCAAAACUUAUAACUAAUGAUACUUAUUCCUAAAAUUAACCUUAACACAACGUGGUAAAGUCUAUCAGCGGUCACUAGUACGUGCCUACUCGUCCGUACUUUCUUUAGCGCAUUUUGUAACCCGGUUAGAAUUAAGUGAUUCGAUUUUCAAAUAUGUACCUACCUAACAACGUAUUUACAUUCCAUUUGCAAAAAACCCGGCCAUGUGUUCCAUUGUUAAAAUACUUGUGUUUAUUUAUGGCAGGGACGAUUUUUUUUUCAUUACUGGGUUUUUGCCAAGUACUAAGUACUAUUUUUGUCUGAAUACCUAGCGAUUUUAAAUGAAUCUGGCAUUUGAUUAACCCAGAUUUUUAGGUUAUGUUGAAAUGUUCUCAAAUAAUUAUAGAAUCAAUACAAUUUGUAAGUAAGGUACCUAUAAAGUAUCAAUUGAACAAUUAUGAAUGGUAAAUUUAUUCAUUACCGAUCGUUAACUGUGCCAAUUCAAGUCUCUUGACAGUUAUCGACAAUUGACCUUUGAAUAUUCCAUUUAAUAGUACCUGUGUAAUCAUAACGGCACGUCGUACUUAAUAAUAGGUACCAUUUACUACUAUGUUUUAUGCUAUUGGUACCAAUACCAAUUGAGUUUAUUUUGCCAAAUCAAAGACGUCAUUACCUACCUUAACAACUAUUUACUGUAACUUUAUGUAUACUGAUUUCAAUUAAUGAAAAUACGUAGGUAUCGUUAUGUUUCAUUAUAUCGAUUCAAUUGCAAUUAAUUUAAAUACAUUACAUUACACUAUCAAACAUAGAUCUUUGUUUGAUAGUUUAUUUAAAAAACAGAUAUCUACUUAUAUAUCUUAACUUUUUUCAUAUUGGCCAAAAUAAAAAUAUUGACUGCAAAAAUAACAAUCCAGACAACUUUAUACGUAUGUGUUCUUUCUCUGAAAGUAUUUUAAUAUAGAUUUCUAUUUUAGAACGAACAAAAUUGUUUUGACAAGGACAGUUAAAUGUUAUUCCAAGAAUAGAACGAAUUGUAAUAAAAAAAUGUACCAAUCAAUUUCUCAACGUAACUGGUUGGAAAUCAACCACAAUUGAAGGGAUGUUUACAAAAACAACCUAACUGACUACACUGGUUGACACCUGAAACGAUUAACAAUGUUCUUAAAAAAGUGUCAACCGCUCUAAGCAGUUAUGUUGUUUUUGUUAACAUCCCUUCAAUUGUUAGUACAGAAUUAGGUACAAUGGGUAUUUUAUGUACAUAAUACAAUACGUAAAGUGUGAAUGCCAAUAGGGUGGAUAUUAGUUAAGAAAUAAUUUGGUAUACAUAUUAUUUAAAAUCAUGUUGUUUCCAUUCUAUAUUGAUUUUACACGUAUUUUGUUUUAUAUAAAAUCAUUACGUCUCCUUUAUUUAGAUAUUAAUAGGGACGUAGAUACUAUCAUUUUCUUGAUCUUAUGAAGGUUAUUAUCUUGAUAUUUGUUAUGUUGUAUUAAUUAUAAGAAAUAGCCAUAAUAUUUUAUUGUGUGUGGGGUCCAAGUAUGCUUGAAGACAAGGUUAUGUAACAUCCUGUAGUAAUAAGGAAAAAAAGCUGAAUAAAAAGCCAAAUAAAAUCAUUUAAACAUAAGUGUAUGUUCGUCUAGUCAUUAAUUUUGGAAAGGCGAUGGAUAUUGGGUAUUUAAGCGAGCAGUUAUGUAAUGAACAAAUGUGUAAUAUAAACAAUAAAAUAUACGCCCAUAUAUAAUAAGGAAAUAUUAAUCUUGGCAAUCCUGUAAAAUUUAAUAUUAAAGUUGGCAAAUCACAGCAAGAGCUAGGCCGCAAGCUUAAAUUACCCCAUAAUAGAAUGCGCUAUGAGCAUUUAUGCCUCGCGUAACCAUAGUAACCAACCUACACUGUCUUUAAUAUUGUAACUUUCCUGAAAUAGGUUAUGCUGAAUCAUAAUUUUAAAUAGACUUCGGGUAUAAAUAGACAAUAAUCAAUGUUAAAUAACAUUCAGAACCAUUUGCGGCAUUGACAGUUAUUACUGUAAACAAUAUGCUGUUGUUCCUGUUAUUAAGAUAAUAAUUAUUAAUUACAGUAAAUAUCAAAUACUAGUUCACAAAAAACAUUUAAACUCCAUGCUAUCAGCACUAUAACUCGAAUAAUAAAUAUUUAAAAUGAAUUAUCUAAAAAGUAUAUAUGUUGUAAUCGUUUAAACGCUUAUCUUGUAUGAUUGAUUAUAUCGCUCGAUUAUUAUGACUACAAUAUGCACGUAGUGCAAAGAACAAAGUAGAUAACCUUUUUAAAUCAAAUGUCAAUGACACAAAACAUAUUUAAUUUGCACAGCUCUAUCUCUGUGAGAUAUGAUUGUUACUAAUUAACACGUGCAACUCAGGUGAUAGAUGUCAUAUUAAUCACGAAUAACGUUAACCUCGACUUAUCAUCCCCUCCUUAACCUGCCUUUCCAUAAGAGAUGUGCGAGGAUGUAGCAAGGGAUGUGUUUGUUAAGAACCAAUAGAAAAUUGCCGACUAGAGCUGCGCUGAUGUAAAGGAAGUGAUUCUAAUGAUUCUUAAUAAACUCAUCCCUCGCUACGCAUCCUCGCAGAUCUCUGGUGGAAACGUAACCUAAUGGAGUUAAAAGAUUAAGUUGAUAUUUUUAUCUUAAAUUGCGUCGAAUGAUAGCCCUAUGAUAUUAAUUGAUAUAUUAUUAACAGUUUUUUUGCAUUUUUUUUCACAAAAAAAGGCUAAAAAAGCUACUUAAAAAUUAGUCUUUCAGCUUAAUUUGGAUAUAAAACAUUUCACGAUUUGUGUGAAGUCUUUAUCCAUUUUUUUUUAUGAAAGUACAUAAAUGAUUAGUUUAAGAUUACUUUAAGUAGAAAUUCAAAUGUUUUUGAUGGAAGUAGUACACUCACUCAUAUAAUUUUUAUAAUGCAAUGUUUGUUUUGGGUCUGAAUACAAAAAAAGUAUUUUUUUUAUAUUGAUAUUAAUAAACACUUAGUAAAGGUUGUAAAUUCUCUUUUUAAUGAAUACCUAUGUAAAAUAGUUUCAACCCUAUGUGACAUGUCUAGUAAGCCACAUAAAUGUUCGAUGUAAGUACAUAAACAAAUUGAUAUUAAUUAAAUUUGUUAUAUAACAA